AUGAGAGCAACUGCUGCGCUGCUGGCGCGCUCAGUGUGGAAAGGCCCUCACGUUGUGCCCCUACCCAUUGUCCGUCCGAAACCUGGUGAGAGAGUCCCGCCCAUCAAGACCCAAGCACGGAGUGCCACCAUCCUUCCCAACUUCGUUGGUCUCGUCUUUCAGGUGCACAAUGGCAAGAUUUACCACGAUGUGCGCAUCACGGAAGAUAUGGUUGGACACAAGUUGGGCGAGUUUGCGGUGACGCGGAAGCCAUUCUCGUACAAGCAGACCAAGAACAGAUGA